UUAUAUUGAAUUGAAAGCAAAUACGUGGCGGAUCAGCAAAAGUGAGGGAUCGAAUUAGCUGCACAAUGUAUGUUUUAAGAUGUGUACAUGUGCUACCGUCAAAAAUUGGUGGUGCGUUGAAAAUAAGUACACUGGUUAUUGGGGCACUACUAGUUAUUUCUUUCUUAUUGUUUCCGGAUAUCACACGGAUCGUUGGAGAAACCAAACCAAAGAAAUGGGUGCCGACUGAUUACCCUCAAGCUAGGCAAGGCGAGGAACUCGGCGUUCUUCAAGGUGAUAGCCAACUGACAGAUGCAGACAUGAUGGAGGACCUGGGAUCAAAGAGAAUGAAUGCAACCGACCCUAGAUUAUUGAAGCUCCUCCGCGAAAAAUGGCUUCUUGCACCCUCCAAACGUCCCUACCACUUGGCUGAACCACAAAAAGUACAUAUGUCUCAGGUUGGGCAAUCAAAAGCAAUUGAUAAGCUACUGAAGCAAAGAAAGAACGGUUUCUUUGUCGAGGCGGGAGCCGCGGAUGGUGAACGUUUAUCUAACUCGUUGUUUUUUGAGAGAUUUCGGAAUUGGACGGGAGUACUGGUAGAAGCAAACCCAUGGGAUUUCGAUAAGUUGACUAAGAAACACAGGAAAUCAAAUAUCAUCAACGCUUGCCUGUCUCCGAUACCGCACCCAGCGCGAAUGGAAUUUAACUAUGCCAAUAGGUUAGGUGGCAUCAGUGAACUGGGUCACAAGUUUCCAGACUCUAGAGGAAAAGGCAAAGGACUAGUACAGUGUUUCCCAAUACACUCCAUCCUUGCCGCACUUGGCGUCAGCCACGUGGAUUACUUCUCCCUGGACGUCGAAGGGGUCGAGGAGGAGGUUCUCCAGACAUUCCCUUGGAAAGAUAUCAUGGUGGACGUGUGGACGGUGGAGUAUGGUGUCUUCCGUGGGAAGGGAGGAACGGAGGAAAUCCGGCGCAAGACAGAAAUCAGGAAGAUCUUCCAAAACACAGGGGUGUACCAAAUGAUAGAUGCUCCUAGAUUAAAACAGGAUUUACUAUUUGCUAGAAAGGAGAUACUGGCCUAGUAAAGAAGGUGUUGCUGACUUGGCCAUCCCCAAAGCUGAACUCAAACAUCUCCCAUAUAAACUUUGGUUGUCUGAUCGCGUCAUGUCGAAUUCAAGUCAAACCCCGAGUUUCAGGGGACGUUGGGAAGUUCCUUCUCUACAUUCGAUUAUCAUUAAUGCACUUUCACAAGUUACCAUCAUUAAUAACCUACCAAACGUCCAAAACCUUU